AUGUGUGUCCCUCGUGCUCACGCCGACAUUACUUCCAUGCCUGUCGAAGCUCCUCGUGUAAUGAUGGGGGUUCCUCAUCCUCAUGCCGGCACAAAUGCUAUGCCUUUUGAUCCUAGCGUUUCUGCCUUGCAGACCAUGGACCCUAGGGCGCUACCUCCUUUUGCUCGGAUGGGACCUCCUCCUGCUUACAGCACUCCUCCCAGGUCUUUUGCGGCUCCCGUGACACCUAUGACUGUCGAUACAAGAGCGUCUCCUACGCCUGUCAUGGACCCAACCACUCCGGCUCCUACCCCUUCGGUAGGGGCCCCCAAUCCUCGUUAUAUCACUCCUCACAUGUCUUUUGUUGCUCCUAUGACCCCUUUGAGCAUCUCCCACGCGAACACAACAGCUUCUACUAGAUCUGUCGUCGCUUCUAUAUCUUCAAUACAGGCUUCUCCAAGUGACCGAACUCCUCGCACGCCUUUCGCGGCUCCCUUAACUCCUCAGAGUACCCCCAGUACGUAUUUCAACGCAUUUACUGCCCCUGUCAUGGGUCCUUCCACUCCAACUCAGAAUCAUGCUGUUCAAGUCAUGGCCCCGAGAGCUUCUAUCACAUCACCAGUCACUCAAGCCAACCCUGAGUCACCUCAAAGCUUUUUUCUCAAUUCACCAAAGGAAGACUACCCCCUGAGCGAAGGCAUCGCCGUUGAACUUCUGCCAAAAAACGAUUUCAUGACUGCUGACAACAUCUGGAUUUCUCCACUCCGUGUUGGAGGGCCCCAGAUAUGUUCCCACCCAGUUGAAACCAUUUUGCUUAAGACUGACGGUCCCAUGAGCCGCCUGGUAUGGGACGGUGACUUUCUGGACCAGAUUUAUCGAAUUCUUCAUCAUUUCGCCAUACAACCACUUGACACGAUGCUAGUCAUUAGGCAAUCGAAACAAGGCCGCGUACCAGUACCUGUUGCCACUGUACUGGUUACCGCAUACCGGCUGCGGAUUGAUGACCCAUGGUUGGUGUGCGUUCGAAUGAUCCGCGAAUACUUAAUCAAGAUUGCCCGUCAGCCUCAUAUCUCGGUGGAAAUCAUUGACCCCAGGGCCGAAGGGGCCUUUUGCUCCCCUGCAACUGCCUAA